CAUGCGCAUGCGCACUGCGUCUCACCGGCAGUUUGAAACUAUGGCGGCGACGCAGUGUUUAUCAUUAACAGAGCAGUGGAUACGGGAAAAGCUAAACCUUCAACACCAGUGUUUAGCGGAUGUGCGAUCACUGCGCCUGCCAGGAACAUAUGAAACAGGAAAAAUAGGCCAUUUGGGACUUGCUCUGAAGAACUUUGUUCGCUUGAAAAGUCUAGACUUAUCUCAUAACGCCCUCGUUUCUGUAGAGGGCAUUCUGCAUUUAAAGUUGCUUGAGAACUUGAAUCUGUACUACAACAGAAUCUCCUCUCUUCAGGACGUCCUGUCUUUAGGAAACCUUCAAAAUCUAAAAGAGCUGGAUCUGAGACUGAACCCUGUUGUGAAAAAAGAUCCCUACUACCGCCUGUACUUAGUCCAGGCAAUCUCGAGGCUUCGUAAACUCGAUGACUGUGUCGUGAGGGACAGAGAGAGAAAAGCAGCCCUCAUGCACUUCUCUGCAGAGUUGGGACUCGAGUUCAGUCCGAAAUCCCCACUUUGUACAGUGGAGCUAAGGAACAGGAGCAGCAAUCCUAGGAUUGCCUCGGUGAACAAGAUGAUGAUGUCGAAGCUCAUGCUCCGGGAAGGUAACGAGGAAACGGUACUAAAUCACGACUUUGACAGGAACAGGAACAUACUGACACAAGACGCUCACACUGAAGAGAACAGCAAACCAGAGUCUACUCAUUUACAAGAAAAUCCCUCUGAACUUCUAAAGUUACUCAGUGGUUAUGAUUCAGGAUUGCUGUCGUCACAGAAACAGGAAUUUCAAUCCAAACUUAGGAAAUGUCAUAAAGCUGAGACCCGCUACACAGUUGGAGUGCAGCCAUCAAAGGAUGCUCCCAGAGUCACCUUCGUUGAAGCACCUGUAAAACGAUGCACUUCUCGUAACCUCACACCCAUCAGAACACAGGCAGAAGGUUAUUUCACGCCACAUCCCAGCAACAAAAAUCCUUCUUCACGAGGAGAUGAUCAGCCAGGCUAUUUGUUAAAAGAUUACUCUGAGAGGAAACUGCACCCACCUAGACUAACAUACCGAAGCUCUGAUGAUGGAGAACCCGAAGGAUGUUCACGUGUACCCGAGAGAGCCAGAAAACCCUGUAAGGGAGCGUAUAGGAAACCGAUGGAGUUGCUUCUCAGUUUGGUGGAUGAGUACUGGUCUGGCGAGAUGAAGGAUCACAGUACCAAGCACUUUUUCAUGCACGCUGUGCGGAUCCUCUGUAUGAUGGAACAGGAAGUUAGGAACGGGGAAAGCGAGAUGGAUGCUCUGAGAGAGAAGAUCCAAACACUGAACGACCAGAUAGACCUACGGAAUAGAGAACAUCAUUCGGAGAUGCGGAGGCUUUCCGAGCAGCUAAAGCAAGCACACGGCAGCAUCGAGCAUCUUGAUCAGGAGUUGAGGAGUGUUUUGGAGGAGAAUGUGUCUUUGCAGAAACAGCUGAUCAGAUUAGAGCAGCAACUCCUCUCCGAUAAGCUGAGGGAAAUGCCAAACGCACAACGCUGAGAAGAUCUCAUAAACCGUGAUAAGUUUAGCCAGCUACUCCAAACAUGCUUAUCUCAUACAGAUCAGAACGAGUUUAAAAAAUCCAUAUCCUUUCUAAAAUUCUCCAAAAUGUGUACUAGUCUUUAUUUCUACAGAACUGUAGAAAUAAAGUUUCUUUAUUGGUG